AUGAGCUCUGCAGACAUCCCUGGCCUCAACUACACCAGUCACCGGUACGGCGAUCAUACCCUCCAGCGAGUCGCCGUCUGGCAGUUUGAUGAUGAUGACGACGCACAAAAGGCGCCAGCGCCAGCGUCAGCUUAUUGGAUAAUCUUCGUCCACGGGGGCGCGUGGCGAGACCCCAGAAACACCGUCGAUGACUUUGUGCCACCCGUCCAGCACAUGGCCUCACGGGCGGAUCUGCCCAAAGCUGCCAUCCGGGGCUUUGCCAGCCUCGACUACCGCCUGUCUCCGCACCCGCUGUUUCCCCAGGAUCCCGCCUCGACGCCGGCCAAGGAGUUGCACAACGCCCGUCAUCCGGACCAUAUCCGGGACGUCGUCGCCGCGCUGCGCUUUCUCGACGGCGAGUAUGGCAUUGGCAACAACUACGUGCUCAUUGGCCACUCGGCCGGCGGUGCGCUGGUCCACCAGGUCGUCAUGAACAGCGACGCUUCGUGUGGCUGGGCUCCCGCAGUGCCGCUGCCAGCAGCCCUCAUCAGCAUAUCGGGCAUCCACGAUUUGAGAGGCAUGGUCGCCAGACACGGCGGCAUCUACGAAGAGUUCACGACUGGCGUCUUUGGCUCAGACAAGCGGGUUUGGGACGCAGUGUCUCCGGCAACAUUUGCUGGCAAUUUUAAGGACGUCUGGGGAGACGGGCCUCGUCUCGUCAUCUUAGCAAACUCUACAGAGGAUACCCUGAUCGAUAUGCCAGAGCUCGACGUUAUGGAAGCCAGGCUCAUCACAGACGGCAUCACACCGAUAGCCAUCAGGGACCUCAGCCUUGAACACGACGACAUUUGGAGAGAGGGCACACAAGUUGCGGACCUUGUAGCCAAGGCCGUGGCAAAGCUGCAACAGCCUUGA